AUGACAGAAAAUCGGGAACCCGACGCCAACGCGGUCAUGACCCGUGAUAUGGGCUCAACAAACACUAUUGUCGUUGAUUCAGGCGACAAUGAAAAGACCCAUGAGUUCAAUGAGCAGACAAAUUAUGUGCCAAAGCGAGCCAUCAUCACAAUAUUUCUCGCAUGUGCAAGUGUAGAUUUGCUGGCGUUGAUGGACCAGACUAUGCUGGCCACCAGUUUAUACAUCAUCGGAAAUGCUUUGGGGUCAACAGCCCAGGUUUCGUGGAUAGCAAGCGGAUAUUUCAUAACUUCAACAGUUGGACAGCUCAUGUAUGGAAGGUUAUCCGAUAUCUGGUCUCGCAAGAUCAUUCUGCUAUUGGGCCUUGCAAUAUUCUUUGUCGGAUCACUGGCCUCAUCCUUAGCGCAGUCUGUCUUGCAACUCACAAUCUUCCGGGCCUUUACAGGUAUUGGAGGUGGAGGGCUUAUGACCGUUGCGCAGCUCAUAGUGAGCGAUGUAGUCCCUCUACGAGAGAGGGGGAAGUACCAAGGAAUAUUGGGUGCCGUCGUUGCUCUCGCAAAUGGCAUAGGUCCCGUCAUCGGAGGUGCCCUCGCGUCGAGUUCUGAGGACUCAUGGCGAUGGAUCUUCAGGAUGCAACUACCAAUAACUCUGUUGACAACCCUUUGUGUACUAUUCUUCAUGCCAUUAAAGAAAGUCGAAGGAGAUUGGAGACUAAAGCUUAAGGCAGUCGACUUUUUGGGCAUAUUUCUCGCCUUGGCUGGAAUGACAGUCGUUAUUCUGGGAUUAACUUGGGGAGGAAAAGAGUACUCCUGGAACUCCGCUCAGGUUAUCGCAACAUUGGUAGUGGGCACAGCUGCAUCAGUUGCUUUCAUGCUAUGGCAGUGGAAAGGCCCUCGAUAUCCAUUGAUACCGUUGCACAUCUUCAAGUCGAAGAUCGUCAACGGCGCAUGCCUGACCAUGGCUAUCAACGGUUGGAACUUCGUCAUGCAAGUCUACUAUAUCCCCUCCUUUUACCAACUCGUCUACGGCUACUCCGCCACCAAAUCCGGAGUAAUGCUUCUCCCCAUCACACUACUACAAACAGCCAGUAGCACUUUCUCCGGACUCAUCGUACACUGGAUCGGUCGGUACCGUCUUGGCUUAAUGUCAACUCUUGAUGAGAAUACGGGCGUUGGGAAACAAAUCGGUUAUUCGGUACUAAUUGGAGUGGGUGUUGGCAAUACGCUGCAGCCUGCGCUCAUUGCUACGCAAGCUGGUGUCGAGAGGCGUGAUAUGGCUGUUGUCACAUCAUUCCGCAAUUUUGUGAGAAACUUGGGGGCAACAUUAGGACUUGCAGUCUGCGGGACAGUUCUGAACAACGUCAUAGCAGGCUCUCUAUCCUCCCUUAAUCUAGAUAGACACGACUCAAAGACAUUGCUCGGCAAUCCUCAAACAUUCCUAGACACAGUCUCACCAAGCGAAGCUGAGAAGAUCCGCUCAGUUCUCAUCCCAGCAUACAGACAAGGAUUUCGCAUAAUAUUCCUUAUAGGCGCAGGUGUCGCAAGCCUGGCAUUCGUGCUAGCGUUUUUCUUGAUGCCGCAGGUUGAUCUUACUCGACCGGACGACUCCCGGCUUAAGGAGGAAGGUCGCAAGGCUUAUGAUAAGAGAGGAAAAAGCGCGGUGUAG